UUUCCAAGGAGCAAUGACCGGUCGGCUAUGCACAUACGGAAUGCUUCCCUUUCCUUUUUGGCUCCCUCGUUCUUUUCACGUGUAACCAGCAACGUAUUCAAUUAACAUGAAGGAAUCACCACCUACAGGGAUUAAAAAACAGAAAAUUAAAGUGAAAAAGCCAGUUGGGGAGACAAAAGAUGCUGUUACGAUAGAUAAAAAUAUUGUGACUGCGAAGAAAAGUGAUGCAUCCAUGAAAUUAAUCAAGAAAGUAACUAAAACAAACCAGAAAAAGGUGGAUGCGAAGUCGAAAAUAAAAAAUGCGACGAAAACAAAAAACCUAGAAAAUGAGCAAAUUGUGAGUAUUAAUUCAGAUAUGAAAAAUAAAAAACUCAAAGAUGCGAAGAAAACGAAGAAGGCCGAUGUCAAGUCUGUACUAACACAGAAAAGUAUUGGCAAGGCAUCGAAUCAAGAAAAAACACUGGAUGUUCCACUUAAAGUAGCACGUGCUCCUGCAAGUAAGGUUAAGUUGGAGAAACCUAGCCAAUCUUCAAAACCCGCUAAAAGGCGAGCAGCUACAGAUGAAUCAGCUCUCCCAGCGAAGAAAAAAUCAAAAACCUCUUUUAAGGUUAAAAAAGUUGAUAAACCAAAAACACAAAAAUCUGAGCCAGAAGAGGACGAGAAGUCGAAAACCUCAGAAACGUCGGUCGUUACAGAUUCCGGUGUAGGAAAGAUUGGCAAUUUGGAACUGACCGAGGCUCAUGUGGAGAAAUGCGUCCAAACAGUACUGCAACUGGCAAAAAAAUCUAAAGAGGGAAAAAAAUCUUUAUUGCCUGAAGAGGAAAAUGCCAUCUUCCUCCAGGUAAACUGCAUUAAAAUACCGAAGACGCCUAGAAGGCAACUGAGAGUUUUCCUACCGCAUAUGAUGGUUGGUCCAACCGAUGACGUUGCACUAUUUGUGCCUGAUUUAGAGAAAGGUCGUCGAAAAGAUUACGAAAAAACGAUAGAUCACUGGGAAACAAUUUUGAGAAAUAAAAAUGUCUCGCAGAUUAAAGAAGUCAUUCCUAUGAACAAAGUUAAAACCGAGUAUAGUCAGUAUGAAAUGAAACUCAAAUUGGGAAGACUGUUUGACUUCUUCUUGGUGGAUGGAAGAAUUACAGGUCACAUGACUCAUCUUCUCGGAAAAACAUUCAGACGAUCAGCCCGACCUCCAACACCAGUUAAACUUCAGAGAGAUAACUUGAAAAGUGAAAUUGACAAUGCAUUACGCAAAACAAACAUGGAGAUUCAUGGUGCGGGCAAUUGUCACACAAUGCAAGUUGCCUCUGUUUCAAUGAGCGAGCAACAGAUCGUCGAAAAUAUAAUUGCAGCAUUUAAAGCCUUGGAGAAGGAGUAUCCCGGAGGGUUGGGGAAUAUCCGCUCCAUUCUUCUAAAAAGUGCAAAGACUUUGGCACUUCCAGUUUACUAUUCUACUAAAAAUAAAAAUAAGGUGCCAGUGCCGAACAUCGCAGCCAAAAGACCAAAAGCGUUCAAAACCGUGGAGGGAGAACUUUCAACGACACUCAAGAAUGUUGUGGUCCAAGUACAUCCGGGUGGUAAGGUUACAUCGAAGAAGAUGAAAAAGGAGAAAAAGUGAAAUCAUUUUUUCAACAAUACCACGUUCUAAAUGAUUAACAUGUAAAUAUUGUAUAGAAUUCAACCUAUUAUUUAAGUAUUCUCUUUCUAAUAAAACUUUUUAAAAUCAA